AUGCGGCGAUUGGGAGCUCGGGAGUGGUGGGGGGGGGGGGAAACCCGGCUUGCUCCGGCCGGAGCGGGUCCGCCGGCUUCGUCAAGGUCGUUUUUAAUUAGCUUGUUUGCAACCUCAGUCCUGCAGUGAAGGCUGAGGCAGGAGGAAGGGUGAGGGGGUGCUAAAAGAAAAGGACGUAUUGUCCCCAGAAAGGUCCCCAGGAUGGAGUGCCCUGUCCCCGGGGGGCUGCAGGGAGUGAAGGAGGAGGAGAGGGUGCUGGUGUCGGAACACAUCUUCAUCAUGGGGGUCCUCAUGGCCACCAUUAGCUUCAUGAUGGACCUCGUCGUCUCCAGGCUCUAUGCAGCCCACUGCUGGCUUUACCAAGAGGUUGGGGACUUCGGAGUGCUCAAGUACCUCUCGGGACCAUGGACCAUGUACCCCACGGCGCUGGCAGCCUUCUCCACUGGCUUCUCCCAAAGCAUCACACCGCACUCGGGAGGCUCUGGCAUCCCAGAGUUGAAGACCAUCCUGAUGGGUGUGGUGCUAGAGGACUACUUGGCCAUCCAGAACUUCGGAGCCAAGGUGGUGGGGCUGACCUGCACCCUGGUGUGUGGUAGCACCCUUUUCCUUGGGAAAGUGGGUCCCUAUGUCCACCUCUCUGCCAUGGCUGCGGCAUAUUUGGGGAAGAUGAGGACCUCAGUCACAAGGGAGUACGAGAACAAGUUCAAGCAGCAUGAAAUGUUGGUGGCAGCACAAGCCGUCGGGGUGGCCACAGUCUUUGGGGCACCCAUCAGUGGGGUGCUUUUCAGCAUUGAGGUGAUGUCCUCCCACUUUGCUGUGCGGGAUUACUGGCGUGGCUUUUUUGCUGCCACCUGUGGUGCCUUCAUGUUUCGCCUCCUUGCUGUCUUCAACAACGAGCAAGAAACCAUUGCUGCUGUUUUUAAGAGUGACCUCAAGAUUGAUUUUCCCUUUGACCUGCUGGAGACCUUCUUUUUUGUGAUUUUGGGGGCCAUCUGUGGGGUCGUGGCCUGUGCCUACCUCUUCUGCCAGCGCUGGAUGAUGGUGGCUGUCAAGAAGAACCAGCUGACAGCCAAGCUGCUGGCCACCGACAAGCCUGUGUACACAGUGCUGGUGGUGCUGCUCCUCGCCUCCAUCACCUUCCCGCCUGGGCUGGGGCAGCUGAUGGCCUCCAGGCUCACCAUGAAGCAGUAUCUCACCUCCCUCUUCGACAACCGCACGUGGAGCAUGCAGGUCUCCAACCACUCCCAGGUGGCUGACCCCCUCAGCGUGGACUCUGGAGGACUCUGGCGGGAGUGGGAUCACCCCUCUGCCACCAUCUUCGGCACCUUGGCCUUCUUUCUGCUGAUGAAGUUCUGGAUGCUGAUUCUGGCCGCCUCCCUGCCCUUGCCAGCCGGAUACUUCAUGCCCAUCUUCAUCUACG